GGAAAAGAAAGCAUCACCCGCCGUCUCGCAUCCUCUCCAGCAGCGAUAAAAGAACAAAAAUUAAAAAAAAACCUUUUUCUCUGUCGCGAAGACGAGCUCUUCCUCUUAGCCAUCCACUCGAAGACUCCGGCGGGACUCAGACCGGCGCCGUUCCCCCGAUCCCCUCGCCCCAUCGAAGAGAUUUCCGCGCGAUCCGGCGGCCGAUCUACAGGUUCUCGGUGGAGGAGGAAAUUGGGGACGAACGGUUUCGGUUGUGAGUCUUCUUAUGUGAUCUUUUUAUAGAUUAAGGGAAGCAGAAGAUGGCGAGAUUCGAUGUGGAUGGGAAGGUGGUGCAAGGGGUGGACUUGCUGAAGCGGCGGCACUGGACCUGGCGCUUGGACGUGUGGCCUUUCGCGAUUCUUUAUUCCAUCUGGCUUUUUGUUGCCGUGCCUAGCCUUGAUUUCACUGACGCGUUGAUAGUUCUUGGGGCGCUCGCCGUCGCUCACAUUCUGGUGCUGCUUUUCACUGCCUGGUCGGUUGAUUUCAGAUGCUUUGUCCAGUUCGGCAAGGCAAAAGACAUCUAUUCUGCAGAUGCAUGUAAAGUAACUCCUGCUAAGUUUUCUGGUGCAAAAGAAAUUGUGCCACUUCAUAUUCGGAGACCUGUGGAGGGAUCAUCAGCAUCUUCAACUGGGAAUAGUGAUGAAAUAUAUUUUGAUUUCAGAAAGCAACGCUUCAUCUUUUCAACUGAAAAGGAAACAUUUUGCAAACUCACUUACCCUACAAAAGAAUCAUUUGGUUAUUAUCUCAGGAAUACUGGCCAUGGAUCGGAAGCUAAAGUUGCUGCCGCCACUAACAAGUGGGGGCGAAAUGUGUUUGAGUAUCCACAACCCACGUUUCAAAAGUUGAUGAAAGAGAAUUGCACGGAGCCGUUUUUUGUGUUUCAGGUUUUCUGUGUGGGCCUUUGGUGUUUGGAUGAAUAUUGGUACUACAGUUUGUUCACACUUUUUAUGCUAUUUCUUUUUGAGUCAACAAUGGCCAAGAGUAGGUUGAAGACUCUAACGGAACUUAGGCGUGUAAGAGUUGAUGGCCAGACUCUGAUGGUGCAUCGUUGUGGGAAGUGGGUUAAGCUAUCUGGUACAGACCUCCUUCCUGGAGAUGUUGUCUCCGUCGGUCGCUCCUCUGGUCAGAGUGGGGAGGAGAAAGCUGUACCAGGUGAUAUGCUGUUAUUAGCUGGAAGUGCAAUUGUUAAUGAAGCCAUUCUCACAGGCGAGUCUACUCCUCAGUGGAAGGUUUCAAUUGCGGGUGAAGGUUUUGAUGAUAAAUUGUCUAUUAAACGAGACAAAAGUCAUAUUCUGUUUGGUGGAACAAAGAUAUUGCAGCAUACUCCAGAUAAGUCAUUUAAUCUGAAAACACCUGAUGGGGGAUGCUUGGCUGUUGUACUGCGGACGGGAUUUGAGACAAGUCAAGGCAAAUUAAUGCGAACAAUUCUAUUUUCCACUGAAAGGGUGACUGCAAAUAGCUGGGAGAGUGGCUUCUUCAUUCUUUUCCUAGUUUUCUUUGCCAUUAUUGCUGCAGGCUAUGUGCUCAAAAAGGGAUUAGAGGAUCCAACAAGGAGCAAAUACAAACUUUUCUUGAGUUGUUCAUUAAUUAUCACUUCUGUGAUACCCCCUGAACUACCAAUGGAGCUAUCAAUAGCUGUCAACACAUCUUUAAUUGCAUUAGCACGCCGUGGAAUUUUCUGCACAGAGCCAUUCAGAAUACCCUUUGCUGGGAAGGUUGACAUAUGUUGCUUUGACAAGACAGGAACUCUUACAUCUGAUGACAUGGAGUUUCAAGGUGUUGCUGGUUUGGCUGACAAUACAAAUUUAGAGUCAGACACGACUAAAUUGCCUGCAAGCACAGUUGAAGUUCUGGCAGCCUGCCAUGCCUUGGUAUUUGUAGACAAUAAACUGGUUGGCGAUCCCCUUGAAAGGGCAGCACUUAAAGGAAUAGACUGGAUAUACACAUCUGAUGAGAAGGCAAUGCCCAAAAGGUCAGGCGGUCAUGCCGUGCAGAUUGUAAAGAGACACCAUUUUGCAUCUCACUUAAAAAGAAUGGCUGUUGUCGUUCGUGUUCAGGAACAAUUUCUUGCAUAUGUGAAGGGGGCACCUGAAACUAUUCAGGACAGGUUGAUUGAAAUGCCUCCAACAUAUGUGGAGACAUACAAGAAAUAUACAAGGCAAGGAUCUCGGGUGCUGGCACUUGCAUACAAACCCCUUCCGGAGAUGGCUGUAAGUGAAGCUAGAAGCUUGGAUAGAGAUCUGGUGGAGAGUGGUUUGACUUUUGCUGGUUUUGCGGUUUUCAAUUGUCCUAUCAGACCUGACUCUGGUUCUGUCUUAUGUGAAUUGAAAGGAUCAUCACAUGACUUGGUAAUGAUUACUGGUGACCAGGCUUUAACAGCUUGCCAUGUUGCCAGCCAAGUUCAUAUCAUAUCAAAGCCUGCAUUGAUUUUGGCCCGCAAGGAAACUGGUGAAGGUUUUGAAUGGGUUUCACCUGAUGAAACUGAUAUAACUCCCUACAGUGAGAACGAGGUGGAAGAAUUGUCAGAUUCCCAUGAUCUUUGCAUAGGUGGAGACUGCUUUGAGAUGCUACAGCGGACCGAGGCUGUUCUCAAAGUCAUCCCUUACAUUAAGGUUUUUGCACGAGUUGCUCCUGAACAGAAAGAACUUAUCUUGACUACUUUCAAAACAGUUGGUAGGAUGACAUUGAUGUGUGGAGAUGGAACAAAUGAUGUUGGGGCACUGAAGCAGGCUCAUGUAGGCAUUGCUCUAUUGAAUGCUGUACCACCAUCUCAAACAGGAGAUUCAUCCUCACAGACAUCCAAACUUGAAAGUAAAUCAGGAAAAUUGAAGAAGCCCAAGCCCAUGACUGAAUCAUCACAUUCUGCUGCGCCCCCUAACAGCUCUGUAGGGACGCCAAACAACCGCCACCUCUCUGCAGCUGACAAACAGCGUCAGAAGCUGAAAAAGAUGUUAGAUGAGAUGAAUGAAGAGGGUGACGGUCGUGCAGCACCAAUUGUUAAGCUUGGUGAUGCCUCUAUGGCAUCGCCUUUCACAGCGAAGCAUGCCUCAGUUGCCCCCACCCUUGAUAUCAUUCGUCAAGGUCGGAGUACCCUUGUGACAACACUCCAGAUGUUCAAGAUUCUUGGCCUGAACUGCCUUGCAACAGCUUAUGUCUUGAGCGUCAUGUACCUGGAUGGUGUCAAGCUAGGAGAUAUCCAGGCUACCAUCAGUGGGGUCUUUACCGCUGCUUUCUUCCUUUUCAUCUCCCAUGCUCGCCCUCUGCAGACACUUUCUGCUGCUAGGCCCCAUCCCAACAUCUUUUGUGCUUAUGUCCUCCUCUCCCUGCUUGGCCAAUUUGCUAUACACCUCUUCUUUCUAAUUUCAGCUGUUAAUGAAGCCUCGAAGCACAUGCCGGAGGAAUGCAUCGAACCAGAUUCUGACUUCCACCCAAACCUUGUGAACACUGUGUCUUAUAUGGUGAACAUGAUGAUCCAGGUUGCCACCUUUGCUGUGAACUACAUGGGCCACCCAUUUAACCAGAGUAUAUCAGAAAACAAGCCUUUCCGGUAUGCAUUAUUUGCUGCAGUAGGUUUCUUCACAGUGAUCACUUCGGAUUUGUUUAGGGAUCUGAAUGACUGGCUGAAACUUGAGCCGCUGCCAGAUGGCAUGAGGGAUAAGCUGAUGCUAUGGGCUGCCCUCAUGUUUCUGGGCUGUUAUGGGUGGGAGAGGCUGUUGAGGUGGGCGUUCCCAGGCAAAAUGCCAGCAUGGAAGAGGAGACAAAAGCAGGCAACAGCUGCCCUUGAGAAGAAGCGUUUGUAAUGAUUUAAUUUAGUAAAAGAGGUGAUCUUGAUGAUGACAGCAGCAUGUUCAGUCUAUCAACUGUCAUCAGAAGGUGCAGAUCCUGCUACAACAUAUGCUUUCUCCCACUUUCUGGUUAGUAUGACAAUUUUGUUAUUAAUGAUGAAAGGGUGUGUAUUAGUGCUAGAUUCAGACAUGCCUGAGAUCACAGGGUUUUUGUCAUUUCUCCAUUUUACCAAGGAACUUUUGUUCCAUUUAUUCCAACGUGGCGAUAGCUAAGUGGGGUCACAUCGUCAAUUAGAGGAGACUGUAUAUGCAACCUUGAUAUUGCUGAUAUUAACAUUCCUCAUAUUGAAUGUGGAAAACAAAGUAAAAUGUUUUAUUGAUCUUGGUAA